UUUAAGUAUUUUAUGGGUUUUUUUUAUUUGCUUGAAUAAUAAUAAUACUGAUAAGUUGAAUACGUGCUACAUCUGCCGCUACAGAAAUGUUUGGUUUGGCCAGAUUAUCAAGAAAUUGGAAACAUAUAAACUUAUUGACCCGACGCUCCAGAUUAUUUUUUAGUACUAUCGACUCAAAAAAUGAUCAAAAUCAGGACAAACUACCUGAUAUUCCAGAAAAAAGUGGUUUUGCUAAGGCGUUUGAAAAACAGUCUCAAAUCCUAGAUACACAGGAACCUGCAGUCAACCACUCAUUUCCAUCUCUGCUACGAAAUUCUAAGUUUAUGGAUUUAGGAGAUUCCUCUGGCAAAGUGGUCAUAGGCAAAAUAUUUCAUGUUGUGGAAGAUGAUUUAUACAUUGACUUCGGUUGGAAAUUCCACUGUGUGUGUACCCGCCCUACGAAUAGAGGUGACGAAUACGUCCGGGGAGCGAGAGUAAGGAUUCAGAUAAAGGACUUGGAGCUAUCAUCUCGUUUCCUUGGAUCAAGCACAGACCUCACACUGCUGGAAGCUGACUGCAAGCUGCUAGGUUUAGUUUCUACGCCUUUACAAGCUGCAGUAACUGAGAAACAGCAGUAAGGUAAGUAAUCAUCACAGGCCUAAGCCUGUACCUAAGCCUAAGCAUAACCAAGAACUAAUGUGUAUUUUUGAUAUAGGGUCAGUGCGUUAGUUUCGUUCACUUGACGAAAUUUGAAUAUAAGCCUUCAUUGCUGCACAAAUUUGGACUUAUUGCAAUCCUUAAUGUCUAAACAAUAUAUAUAUCUACAUAAAAAUAUUAUUUGCUAAUCUGUCAAAUGGACAAAAACUAGAGCAUGGACGGAACCUAGCCUAGCGCAAUGAUCCUAGCUGAGUAGAUUAUCUGUUUCCAAACUUUUUGAUGUAUUUAAUUUUAUUAGAAAUUAAUGUAGUAUUUAUUUCUUACGCUGUAGCAGUUUAAGGAGUUUAAAAAAGAUUGUUGGUUGUUUUAAGAAGUAUGUUAAACUUUUUGAAUUCAUUACUUAUUUUUUAUUAAUCUCAUACUAAUGUCGAAAAUUGGUAUACACAUUACACAUCUAUCAGGGCUCUAUUAUUGGCUGUAAGUCUGUGUGGUUUACUUAUUCUGUAAAUAUAGUG